UAAAAAAAGAGGUUGUAAGUUGUAUUAUGGGUCAUUUCGAUUAAAUUAGAUUAUGUAUUUGUUAAAUUCAAAGAGAAAUUUCACUAUUUAUGCAUAAUAGUGUAUAAUUACUAAAUAAUAACUGCACUAAUUAAUUUUUUAAAUUGGUGCUAAACUUUCACCAAGUACCAAAAAUACUCUCAUUUUUUUCUACUCAAAUUUUUUCCCAUACAAACUUUCACUCUCUCACACUCUCUCUAUCUACUUCAGACUCUCAAUCCUCGAAAUCCAAACCAAAGGAAACCCCAAAAACAAAGGGAACUCGUCGAUCUCACCCUCUCUCUUUUUCUUCUUCGAAGUCGGCCACGCAGAAUUGUCGUCGAAUCUGUCAAGCCAACAAAGACAACAAAGCUUGAAACCCACGUCGUCGAACUGGUCGAACCCAUCAAUCGAACCUAUAUUCUCAUUAAGCAUAUUGAUGCGGUAGAACACAUGCUUCGUAUGUGUCGCAAGUAUUUUCCCAAUAUAUAUCGACAGAAUGCAGUUGUGAUGAACAUGUAUUUCUCACAAGUGAUACUUGCUCGAUAUGAUCAGUACAAGAAAAUUGCCGACAAAACAAAGUAUACGUGGGAUUUUGACGUUAUGUCUAUGUUGACCGGCAUCGAGCAGCAGUUUCUGGCAUCUUGGGGCGGAGUUGAGGAUGUUUAUUGGUGCCAGAACUAUGGACAAGAAUAUUGGUUUGCCAUUGAGGCUUCCAUUUCUAGUUGGAUCCCCACUGUUUACGAUUCGGACAACUCGGUGAUUAGUGACGCAAAGCUGGAGGAAAUUAUGAAUACAUGGUGCUUUUUGCUUCCUUCUAUGUUAAUGCAGAGUAAACUGUUUACUGAUAGCUUGAUGUUGAAGAUUCCAUCAGCAGGAAAAAGGCCGCAUCAUGGCGUCGCAAACAGAAACACGAGCUCACUCAGUCAAAGAGAAGUGGGGAUUGUGGUGUGUAUGCUGUCAAGCAUAUUGAGCAUCUAAUGGUCGGUCUUCCAUUGGAAACUAUAUGCGAUGAAAAUAUGGAGGUGUUCAGGAACAAGUGGACCACAAACUUAUGGUAUCAAAAUUUGUUACCUUGAUGAUUGUAUAUAUACAGGGUCUUUACAUGUACAGUUUUUUGUUCACAUUUUUUUAUAACUUUCAUAGGCUGUUAUAGAGCUAAUAUCAAGCUAUAUCGAACUGUUAUCAAAUUUUUAUUGAGCAAUAUCAUUUUCAUAUCCAUUAUGUAGAUGUUAUCGAACUAA